AUGCCUUGGCCUCCAUAUUCUCCAGAUUUGAAUCCUAUAGAGAAUCUUUGGGCACUGUUGAAGCAGGAGAUCUAUAAGCUGCAUCCAGAGCUGGAGCAUGCAUCAGAUACAGUAGCUACAAAAAGAGCUUUAAUAGAGGCAGCUAAGGAGGCAUGGAAUGCAAUUGAUGAUAGCAUUCCAUAUAAUCUUUCUGCUACAAUGCCUCAUCGAUGUGGGCGUGAUCCAUUUAACCGCCCAACCAAACCACGCAAUGAGAUGAUGUCAAACUGGCAGGAAGAAUACUUGUUAGCUUUAGGAGUGAGGGAUGCGCGUGAACAAGCAAACGCUGCUAUUUACGAUGCCUACACCCGCCUAGCCGACCGCACAAGCAAAGCCCAUUCCUCCUCUUCCCCGACCAGGCCCGCCGGCUCGCCUGCCGGUAACAUCCAUGAAAACAACAACAGAAAGCUCGCCCCCUCAUCCAAACGACAGCAUGGAAGCGAGGCAUCGGCCCCCAACGACGCGCUCCUAGCUGCUGCGCGACAAGAUCUUUCCGAAGCACAGCGCUCGCGCACAGAGCUACUAGAUAAACUUGCCAAGACGAGCGCGGAGCUGGAGAAGCUGCAGCGGAAAACGAAUGCGAAUGCGCGCAGCAUUGAGGAGCUGAGCGCGGAAAAGGCGCUGUUGCUGACUAGGGUGAAGGAUCGAGAUGAGGAACUGAGGGGGAAGGCGAAGCUGUUAGAUAACGUGCAAACGGAGCUCGUAUCACUGAAUCUACAGUUUAAUAUGGCAGAGGACCGUGCGAAGAGGCUGGAGGCCGAGAACAAGGAAUUGGUUGAUCGAUGGAUGGCAAGGAUGGGGCAGGAGGCGGAUGCCAUGAAUAAGGCAUCCAAGUUUUCCUGA